UCCUUAUCGCAUCUGUCUCCUUGGAUGCCUGAAAUAAUGGCGGUUCUUGAAGCGGCAUUCUCUGCCUACUGCUUCUCUUCAUUCCAUCCUUCUUCCUCCUCUAAAUUUCACUUUAGUCCCAAAACCCCUCCUUCCCUCGUAAGGCUGCAUAUCUUCAAGUCUGCCGAUUCGCUUUCUAGUAAUUUCCUUUACCUUCCUUCUCAGCAUGCAGUUGAAAGAUUCUCCUGUGCACAAUGUUCUACUGUGCAGGAGGCUCGUACAGACUCAAAAACAGAGAAAGUUCAGCAAUCAAGUUUCAAAAGAAAACUUUUCGUGUUGAAUUUACCUUGGUCUUUCUCUGUCGCGGAUGUCAAGGACCUCUUUGGCCAGUGUGGAAGUGUAGUAGAUGUUGAGAUUAUAAAGCAAAAGGAUGGAAGGAGUAGAGGGUUUGCCUUUGUGACGAUGUCUUCUGGCCAGGGGGCUCAAGCUGCGGUAGAUAAAUUUGAUUCUCAUGAAGUGUCUGGGAGGAUAAUAAGAGUAGAGUUUGCUAAGAGAUUCAAGAAACCUUCUCCUCUACCUCCUCCAAGUCUCCCUUCUACAGAGACACACCACAAACUUUACGUCUCCAAUCUCGCUUGGAAAGUCAGAUCCAGUCACCUCAGGGAAUUUUUCUCUGUCAAUUUUAACCCAGUUUCAGCCAGGGUUGUAUUUGAUAGCCCUUCAGGAAAGGCUGCUGGGUAUGGUUUUGUUUCUUUUGCAUCAAAGGAGGAAGCAGAGGCUGCAAUUUCUGCUCUAGAUGGGAAGGUAAGAAAAAUUAACUAGUCUUUUUUUCAUUGGGCUA